AUGAAAGAUCUCAAUGAGCCUCACUUUGAAGACGAGAAGAACAACUCUAUCUCUCAGUUUAAUAAAGGGAUGAGUUAUGUCGGCCAAGAAUUCUGCUCACCACAAAAAACUGCAAAAGCUGGUGACAAAGCAAAGCGUGAGAAUUCUACAGGAGAAUCAGAAACUGAAGAAGUCUCUCUCAAGUUCUUUCUACAGCAACUGCUUGAUAUAGGUGAUUUAUUUGGCACUCUGAUAAUUUUCAUGAUCAUGAGAGGUAUUGAUCUAAGCAAAUAAUGUUGGAACUACAAGUUUUAUGGGUUCAUUUUCUCACUUUCAACAACCUUGCGCUCACUGUGCUUCAAUGGCCUUUUUCUAUAAGAGUACUUUCAGUGAUUACUCAGACGAGCAUGAUAAGUUAUUCGUGAUAGAAGUGAUAAGUGAGAUAAUAUGUGAGCUAAUUUGGACUGUCUCUAUUAUUCCCCUGAUCAAAAUGUUCACAAUGUUUAAGAAUUUCUGACCAUCAGCAGCUGCUUUACCUGUAUUGAGGAAAGAACUGGCCUAUUUUGCCCUUGUUAGCACUUUAGCGUAUCCUUUAAUGUUAUUUCUUAAGCUUUAAUAACCG